AUGUACCAUACACCGAAAAGUAGGAUAGGCUCAAGGAGAUCAGCCAGGAAGGAUGAGGAACCAAUAGAAGGUCAGUCUUCGGCUCAAGAGCUAACACUAUUACCACCUAGUAAGAAGAAAGAAGUAUUUGAAGAGCAUAUUAAACAAAAUGAAGAAAAAUCGGUACGAAAUACAAAAAUUGAAGGUAGUGUAGUAAAAUCGGAACAACCGUUAGUCAACUUUCAAACGAUGCCUGUAAAGUCUCAUCAGGUCUCAAGGCCAAAGUCCAAGCGGUCUACAUCUUCUUCAGUGCUUGCACGACAAAAGAAGCUAGAACUGGAGGCGACAGAGGCAAAGGCAAAGAUUCAAAUGGAACUGAUAGACAAACUUUUAGCGGCGAACCUAGCAGAAAUUGAUGACGAGUGUAGUGUAAGGUCUGAUUACACUAACAAGGAGGUAGAGGAGUGGUUGGAGCGCAGCCAUCGCGAACUAGAAGCACAGCCCGUCCACGAUCAGGGUCAGACAAGGGAGGUGCCGUGCGCGCCGGUCAAAUGGGAUACCGGCACUAAGGGAACAGUUCAACUCCUGGCCAGCGCACUUAAGGAUCUUACAGCCGCAUCUACCAGCAACAAUCUUAACUCCAACCUGUUAAGUAAAAUUUGUACACCAAAAGACUUACCGUUGUUUUGUCGAGACCCCAUGGAGUGGCUUCAUUUCAAACAGGCGUAUGAAGAGUCUACCAAGAUUGUUGUCCUUGAAGCAAUUGCUCUUUUAUCUCGUCCCAGCGGGGAUUGCAUGUGA